UCUAGAAUCGCAGAACCCUUACCCUAAACCUCAAAAUGUCUUCUUCCAUUGCUCCCCGCCAAGCCCGUCACCUCUUCAACUCGGCCGCCGCCGCCGCCGCCUCAUCCUCCACCGCCACUUUUGCAACCGCAGCCGUCUCCGUGGACUCCACCGCAACUACUCCUAUCACAUCAGGCAUUACCGCUUCCAAAGCCAAAUCGAAACUCAAAGCCGAAUUCGAUCCAGACAAGGCAUUUCAAAUCUACUCUUCCUUGUCUAACCACUACACUUCCCCUGUCUAUUCUCGCUAUGCACAGGAUCUCACCGUCAAGCGUCUCGCCAGCUCCCGUCGAUUUGAUGAUAUUGAAAAGCUCCUUGAAGCUCACAAGGAGAAUCCCAAGAUCAAGGAGGAACCUUAUUUAUCAACUCUCAUCAGAUCUUAUGGACUCGUUGGAAUGACUGAUCACGCCCUGAAAACAUAUCAUCAACUUGAGGAACUGGGUACGCCUCGGUCAACAAUCUCGUUUAAUGCUCUCCUAUCGGCUUAUAUUCAAUCGAGUAAGUUCGAUGAUGUCCUCAAGCUGUUUGAAGAAAUGCCUAAGAGGUAUGGGUUUUCUCCUUGUAAAAUUUCAUACGGUGUGCUUGUUAAGUCAUUUUGUGAGGCGGGACAGCCUGAUUCCGCUAUGGAAACGUUGAAGGAAAUGGAAAUGAAGAAGAUUGAAAUCACUAAUGUUACUUAUACCACUAUCAUGAGUGCCUUCUAUAAACAGGGGAAGGCUGAAGAGGGUGAGAAAAUCUGGGAUGAGAUGGUGAAGAAAGGGUAUACACUUGAUGCUACUGCUCAUAAUGUUCGCCUUAUGCAUGCCAGUGGUGGGGAUCCUGAAAGUGUGAAGGAGUUGAUUGAUGAAAUGACCAAUUCAGGGAUCAAACCAGACACGAUUAGUUACAAUUACCUAAUGACAAGUUACUGCAAGGCUGGGAAGAUGGAUGAGGCUAAGGAAGUUUACAAUAAAUUGGAAGAGUAUGGAUGCAAACCAAAUGCCACGACUUUUCGGGCAUUGAUAUUUCAUAUGUCCAAACACGGGAGGUUCGUUCAAGGCUACAGGGUUUUCAAGAACAGCGUGAAGUUCAACAAAAUCCCUAAUUUUGGGACCUUGCAACAUUUGAUGAGAGGUCUGGUUAAGCCGGAGACAAUGAAGGAAGCCAAGGGGAUGUCUCGAACAAUUAAGAAGAAGUUCCCUCCCAAUGUGUUGAAUGCUUGGGCCAAGCUUGAGAAGGAACUUGGUUUGUAUUCUGAUAAUAAUAAUACCAGUACUAGAGCUACUACUACUACUCCUGCUGAAAGAAAAGAUGAUGAUGAUGAUGAUGAAGAAGAAGAUAAAGCAGCAGCAGCAGCUCCACUACCAUAAGCUUUGCUAGUUACUCCUUGGGAUUCAAAUUUCAUUAUCAAUCUCAUGGCAAGUUGAUCACUCCUUUCUACUUAAUCUUUUUAGUAUCUAUCAAUUGCUUUUCUUUUUUGGUCAGUCCUGAGAAAUAAUCAAUGAGGAUCAUGAUUUGUAAUGGUGAAAACUGCUCACUUUAAUAUGUUUAGUGCAAAAAGGUACAAUCUUUUGUUAGUGGUGCAAGCAGAAUUUAGGCAAGAUUGAUUUUCUGUUUGACAUAUACUGCCUUCUUGCUUCUUCUCUGUGUAUCAUUUUCAACUAUAAUACAUGCAUGCCUGUUUUAUUUCUA